CUCUUAGAAUACCGUGCAGUUGCGCAGUGACUGUCAGGUACUAGGUAUAUGGUACAAAGUCGGUGAGUGACUGCAGCCUUCCAACAGGCAAAGCAUGUCAGGAAGAAGCAACCCCACGACCAUCUCGUGAUCACCCUCUCACUCUCCCAAGAGUUUCUUUCCGGACUGUUGUUGGUCUAGCAUUUUAUCCAGUCUGCUACCCCUCUCGUCAUCAUCUACCCUGGCUGGCUGGCUCACGACAUCGUGGAAAUUUACCUGACUUGAUACGCUACGCUACGCGACGAUGACUUCUGCCAUCCGGCUCCUCGUCCAGUUCCUGCUGGCCGAUCUUCUCGCCCACGUGCUGUAUAGCUACUACUUCCACCCUCUGGCGCGGUAUCCGGGACCCUUUCUGGCGCAUUUCACGAAUAUCUGGAAAUUCGCCAGCUUCCUUCGCGGCCAGCACCAUCUCACCGAAGAGAAACUGCACCAGCGCUACGGCCCGAUCGUCCGGGUCGCUCCGAACUGGCUCUCGUUCUCGCAGCUCCCGGCCUUCGAGGCCAUCUACGGCUUCCACAAAGCGAUCGAGAAGGACGACUUCUACACGUUCGGGGAGGGGCGCCGCCGCCGCCCCCAGCGCGACGUCAGCGUCUUCGCCGCGCAGUCGAACCUCGUCCACCGCCAGAAGCGCCGGAGGAUGCUGGGGCCGGCGCUGACGCGCGCCCAGAUCCGGCGCUACGAGCCGGUGAUCGCGAGGCAUGUCGCCGUGUUGGUUGGGCGGUUGGAGCAGGAACAGGAGCAGGAACAGGAGCAAGUUGGACUUUCGGGAGAACUGAACGUGAACGUGAACGUGGCCCCGCUCAUCCAUCGCUUCACCCUGGACGUGAUGCUGGACAUCCUCUUUGGGCCGGCGGUGGGUCCCCACCCUUACACGGACAACGAUGUCGCGGGCAACCUCGGCGCGAGCAUUCGCUACGUGAGCAAGAUGGUCUGGAGUUACUCGCUCUGGCCGCUGUUCGGGUGGCUGAUGAAUACCCGUCUGGCGGUGGCGUGUCUGCGCCGGCCGAGGUACAAUGCCGAUGGCGCGAUGGUCGGGUUGAACGGGCUCAUGCAUCGUGGUGCAGCGGCGAUUUUGAUGGGUCCGGAGGUCUUUGCGGGGGAGGGGGAUUCGCAGCCCGGGAUUGUGAAGAGCUGGCUGCUGGGGGGGUUGAGUUCGUCGGCGGAUGGUGUUGCAGAUCAUCAUCAUCAUCAGAAGAUGAUGCCCGCUGAGGCCGUGUCGGAGGCCUUUAAUUUGGUGUUUGCGGGCCCCGGCAGCAUGGCGGCCGCGUUGACGGCCAUUCUCUACCAGUUGGGCCUUCCGGAGGGUCACAUCUGGCAGGAGAAGCUGCGCGCUGGCUUGGAGGGUGAGGCCCUUGAGGGCUCAACCUCGACGGAUGCUUCUUCGCUGCCGUUGUCGUCGUCGUCGCUCGAGUUACAGGCCGUCAUCAAGGAGACCCUGCGCUUCCGCGCACCCUUUACGACGGCGUUCCCGCGAGUGAUCAGGUCGGGUGCGGAGAUGGCCAUCCCGGGCCUGUCCCAUCCCCUGCCCGCUGGCACGACGGUCUCGGCCAGCACGUAUGUGCUGGGUCGGUCGCGGGAGAUCUGGGGCGAUGAUGCCGACCGAUGGGUGCCGCAGCGCUGGUUGGGUUCGGGGAGCAGCGACGACGACGAAGAAUCUCGCCGGCAACUGGACCGCCGGUUCGUCGCGUUCAGCAGAGGGCCCCGGGGCUGCAGUGGACGCGAUCUGGCGUCGCUUAUUCUUGCCAAGGCUGUGAGGGCGAUCGUGCAUCGGUGGAGAUUCUCUGCUGCUGCGGCUGAACUGCGGGGCUCGAGCUUCCUGGAAAUGCAUCUUUUGUUUCCCACCAAUCUUCCACAAGGGACUACAACGAUGCUGUCCGGCGGCGCUCUGCCCCAGACUCUGGGCUCGAUCACCGCGACCAAAAUCAACGAACUCUCAAAGCAGCGCAAUUUGUUCGAGCAACGAAGGAAAGAAAUCGCAAAGGCCGCUGAAGACGCCCCCGAUCUCCGCACCAAAACCCGAAUUCUGUUGGAAGGGGUGACCAGACUCAAGGGCUAUCCGAACAUAGCCAUCGACCGUCACGAUCUGGACGCAGACCACUCCGCAGGCGGAGACACUUUCGUGAAAGACCUGUCCGAAGGCGCGGAGUACGCCAAUAUCCGACGCUUUCUCCUCCAGAGCCAGUAUGACCCGUCCGUCUCGGAGCGCAGCCUCAAGGGCUGGAUCGCCAAGCUGGAAAAGGAGCUUCAGUUUCUGCAGCUCCGACAUGAGCACGCCUCCUUCUACAGUGAUCUGGUGACGGAAUGGCUGGGCGACCUCAACGGGGGGGAGUACGCCGCUCCGAGUGCAGCCGGCGCCGACGCUGGUGCCGACGAGAACAAUGCGAGCUUCGAGAAGGUCGGGCGCGCAGAGAUGCACGAACAGCGCGCCAGGUGGGAGUCCCUGGUCUUCACCGAGGCGGACAUCGACGCAGCGGCGAUCCGCACGUACCUGGACGGCAUCUUCGGGACGUCGACGCAAACCCAGCAGGCGUUGAAGGGGCUCCGCGACAAGUUCCGGUCCUUCGGCACCGAGUUCGCGUCCAAGAAGACCUGGUUCAAAGCGAAGGAUCUCGCCUGGAUCUCCAAGUCCCUGCUGAGCUCGGACCUGCUUACCAAGGAGAAGACGGCCAUCCUGAAGGAGUUCAUGCGCAACGACGCCGUCGCACAGGAAGUCGCCGACGUGCUCAACAUGCGCCUCGGCGCCUUGGACACCUGGGCCUGGUCCGGGGAGGGGAUCCCCGUUGAGAUGCGCCGGCAGCUGAACGGCAAGUACCGCGUGUUUAUGGAUGAGGAUCUGCUGGACAGCCUCAUGUUCCAGUACCUCGGCGUGCGGUGGGCGGUGGCCCUGCGAUCGGCCCUCGAGGAGUUCCUGGGAUCUCCGGCCUGGAAGUCGCUGCGCGACGAGGUCUCGGAGGAGCAAGUCGUGCGGCGGUCGCGAUUCAGGAGGGAGUCGGUGAGCCGGAGCUCCGGGGUCCAGUCGGUCCAUGCCUUACGGAAGAACACGUUCAAGGAGCAGUACUUCAUGACCUCGUUGCCCAGCUCGGUGAACGAUACGUCCGACCCCUACGCCGAGGAGGAAGCCGACGACGAUGACGAUGAGGAAGCGAAGAAGAAAAAGAACGGCAUGGAGAUCAAGCAUUCGCUGCUCCAUCUCCUCAUCACCGAGUCCCUGGUCUACACCUCCCUGCAUGGAGAGUUCACGGCCAUCCGGUCGGACUUUGAAUAUUUCGGACCCUCGCUCGCCCACACCACCAUCUCUACGGUGCUGGAAUACUUCGGAGUCCCGCAGACCUGGCUGCACUUCUUCGACACCUUCCUCAAGGCCCCCAUCUCGUUUGUCCAGGACGGCCCCACGGCCUCCGUGUCGGUCCGCCGACGCGGGGUGCCCAUGAGCCAUGCGCUGUCGGAUUUCUUUGGCGAAGCGGUGCUCUUCUGCAUGGACUUUGCCGUGAACCAGAGCACGGACGGCGGCUACCUGUACCGGCUCCACGAUGACUUCUGGUUCUGGGGUCACGAAGACACCUGCGUCCAGGCGUGGCAGACGAUGACCACCUUCGCCGGGGUGAUGGGUCUUCGAUUUAACGAGGAGAAGACCGGCACGACCAAGUUUGUUGCCAAGGACACGGUGCCACGGCCUCAUGGACAACCACCAGCCCGCAAAGAGACGACCAGCGCGUCGCCCAGCGCUCUGCUGCCCCAAGGGGACAUCCGCUGGGGCUUCCUCAAGCUCGACCCGGAGGAAGGGCGCUUCAUCAUCGACCAGGCGCAGGUGGACAGCCACAUCGACGAGCUCCAGCGGCAGCUUUCGUCCUGCAAGAGCAUCUUCGCCUGGGUCCAGGCCUGGAACAGCUACUUCGGGCGCUUCUUCGCCAACAACUUCGCCACGCCGGCCAUGUGCUUCGGCCGCCGCCACAUCGACAUGGCCAUCGCGACCCUCAACCGCAUCGAGCGGACCCUGUUCCCCGACAACGCCAGCGGCGUCACCGACUACCUGCGCCAGGAGAUCGCCCACCGGUUCAAGAACACGGAAGACCUCCCCGAGGGCUUCUUCUACUUCCCCGUCGAAUUGGGGGGUAUCGAGCUGCUGAACCCCUACAUCCCCUUCCUCGCCAUGCGCGAGAACAUCAAGCAGAGCCCCGCCGCGCGGCUGCGCACGGCCUUCGUCGAGGACGAGGCCGAGUACCUGGAGGUCAAGGAGCGCUUCGUGAACGACGGGCCCGCCCUGGUGGGUGGUUCCAGCUGGAGCAACUACGGAGCAGCAGAUUCAUCCGAGGUCCCCUCGUCCUCCUCCGCCCUCGCGCUGGCAGAGUACACGCGGUAUCCCGAGACCUACAGCCGGCCGCUGCUGCGGGCGUACGAGGACCUGAUCCGCGUGCCGGAGGAGGAGAGCGUGGACCAGACGGCGCACUUCCAGCGCCAUCAGAUGGUGUUGGACGAAGGGAUCGAGGAGGCGGCGAGCAAGCGCAAGAUCAUCUCGGGCGAGUGGUGGGCCAUGUCGGCGUAUUGGCGGUGGGUGGCGGAGCUGUACCACGAGGAUAUGACCGACCGCUACGGGAACCUGGCCGCCGUCAGCCGCGAGUAUAUGCCUUUGGGGGUGAUUAAGACGCUGAAGGAGGGGAAAUUCCGGUGGCAGAGCUAG